GGUGUCAUGCCUGAAAGUGUAUUAUUUACUCCAAUGACGCUCGAUGGGGCCCGUGCAAACUUGAGCGUGGAGUGUCUCUCCCCCCUCCUCCUCCCCUUGUGAUUGGCUGCCGCCUGUUGCCCGAUGGUUAAAACGCGCAGCGGAGAGGAGGGCCGAGAGAUAAAGGAGCAUCACGGUGCUGAUUGCAUCAGGGACUUUUUGUGUGUGUGUGUGUGUAUAUGUGUGUAUGCGCGCGCGAGAGAGAGUGGAAAACAAGAAGUGGAAUCUCGCCGACAUGACGGGAAAAGAGGGAUUUGUACUCUCAGACACUGAGAAUAAACAGAAAUCUGCCUCACAAAUCGGCGUGAACCACGGGGGAUCCCACCAGCCGCCUCCAGUCUGGAAGAUGGCCCCCGCGGUGCACCGGCGCACCGGCUUUGGGAUCCAAGAGCUGCUCGGCCUCAACAAGGAGCCGCCCGCGGUCACGCAGAGGCGGCCGCUCGAGGCUCUGCCGCACGGCGCGCACGUCCUGGCCGCGAGGUCCCUCGGACACGGGGGUCUCGGGGGUCUCGGGGUCGGCAUGGGUUUGCUGGGACCAGAGGGAAUACACUCGUUUUACAGCCAGCCUGCUUUCCUGGAGGUGCUGGCCGAGGCGCAAAGUGUGCACCUGCAGCCGCUGCACAGGGCGGCGCACGCGGACUCUCCGAUGGACGCGCAGCACUCCGCCAGCUCCGAUUCUGAUGACAUGAGUCUUUCCUCCGGUGAUCAGAAGUUCUCUAAAUCCUCGGUGAAUCAGAGCAAGAAACGAAAGAAAAGGCGACACAGAACCAUUUUCACUUCCUAUCAGCUGGAGGAACUGGAGAAAGCUUUUAAUGAAGCGCACUACCCAGAUGUGUACGCCAGAGAAAUGCUCUCCAUGAAGACGGAGCUGCCAGAGGACAGAAUACAGGUGUGGUUUCAGAACCGCAGGGCCAAGUGGAGGAAGAGGGAGAAGUGUUGGGGUCGCAGCAGCGUGAUGGCGGAGUACGGCCUGUACGGAGCGAUGGUCCGUCACUCCAUCCCCCUGCCAGAGUCCAUCCUCAAGUCCGCCAAGGAGGGCGUCACUGACUCCUACGCGCCGUGGUUAUUAGGUGAAUAGCAUGUCGACGUGGUCACUUUAGAUGGCCGUUGAUAACCAUCAAUAAUGUUAUUAGGAGCACGUGUGCUUCUCCUCGUGACGAGUCAAAAUGCCUGCAGUGAAAAAUGUCCUUUUAUUGAUCUUGAGUCAGACAUUCCAGGCUCAUUUGGUAAAAGUCUUUGCCGAGGGUGCUUUAGGACCAUCUUCUGUCAGAUGGAGAUGAAUGAUGUUAUUUCCUAUUCGUUAUCUUGUAUGGAUCCCGUACAUUUGUAGGAACAUUAGUGCUUCAAAUACGGACCCAAAGACAACCAGCGAUAUUAGUUUCAGUUUGAAAAGCAAGAUCAAGAUUUGUUCUAUCAGGAAGUGGGAGCUAAACUCGCGUUAGGAGCCAAUAAAAGUGUCAGCAUGUCAAUAAAAGAUCGAUACAGUGAUAAUCCUACUUAAUCAGGACAGAUUAGAGCACAUGUCCCCUCUUGCCUCAUGUCAAUUGAUUAGGUUAAAUCAAUUAGGGGCCUCUAAUUGAAUAAGAGGUUCAAUCUCCAUUCUCU